UGCGCCGACCGUGGUGACUCUGACUGCGCCGACAGUGGCGUCUUCAGCUGCGCCGACCGUGGCGACUUUGACUGCGCCGACCGUGGCGACUUUGACUGCGCCGACAGUGGCGACUUUGACUGCGCCGACAGUGGCGACUUUGCCUGCGCCGACAGUGGCGACUUUGCCUGCGCCGACAGUGGCGACUUUGACUGCGCCGACAGUGGCGACUUUGCCUGCGCCGACAGUGGCGACUUUGACUGCGCCGACAGUGGCGACUUUGACUGCAUGCACCGAAAUAGGCGCCGGUACUACCGUUGA